GUACUAAUGAAUCGCAGAAUAAAACAAUGAGAAGAGUACUGCUCAUAACCCUUCUCGCAUGCUUGCUGCAAAAGAGUGCCCUUGAAACGGCAUUACUGAAAAAGAUUGUAGCGCUAAACAAGGCGCCAGAUUUAAAACCACUGAAAAAACAUCUGGGAUUCUACGAAGAUACAUACUUGAAUUUUACAGAGCUCACUACGAAAUAUGGAUAUCCAUCAGAAGAACACAUCGUGACGACUGAAGAUGGCUACAUUCUGACAAUUUUUAGACUGCUGACAAAGUGCAAUGAACCCAAAGGAUAUCCAGUGCUGAUGAUGCAUGGAAUAAUUGACAGCUCAGAUGGAUUCAUCAUUCCCACUCCGAAGAAAGCGAUAGGAUACAUUCUAUCCAAUAAUUGUUACGACGUGUGGCUUCUAAAUAACAGAGGAAAUGUGUAUUCUCGAAAACAUACACGUUUGGAUCCUGAUAGAGACGCUAGUUAUUGGAAUUUCUCGUUCGAAGAGAUCGGCUACUACGACGUGCCCGCUGUCAUUGAUCAUGUGCUGAUGAAAACGCAGAAGAAGAAAGUCUUCUACAUUGGACAUUCACAAGGCACCACCAACUUCUUAGUGACGACAUCUUUGAGACCGGAGUACAAUGAAAAGCUGCAGCUAGCGGUUCUAAUAGCGCCCGUAGCUUGGAUGGGCCACAUACGGAGUCCGAUACCCAAAAUAGCUGCGAAUUUCGAGAAAGAGAUCGUGGGUAUUUUACGUGCGCUUAACAUUGUGGAUUUAGCUCCGAAAAAUGAUAUCGUUCCUCAUCAACUCCUGGAGUUUCUGUGUCAGGUUGUGCCGUUAGAAGUCUGUGGAACCGUUGGAUUUAUCUCCGUGGGAGACGUAAUAGGAGUAAUACCCGCACAGACUCUGAGAGUGCUGUACGGGCAUAUACUAGUGGGUGUAGCGGCUAAAACCGUCCAGCACUACGCACAGCUGAUCACAUCGAAGAGAUUCCAAAGAUUUGACGACGGAAGGGACGCGAACCUGCAAAAAUACGGUGCCAUCAGACCCCCGUUGUAUAACGUAUCACGAGUUACAACCCCUACACUACUCAUUUGUGCUAAACACGACUGGCUUUCGGAGCUAAAGGAUGUGGAUAUUUUGAGGUCAAAAUUACCAAAUGUGGUGGAAAGCUACGUCGUUGCGGACCCCAACUGGAGCCACAACUCCCAUAUUUGGGGUGCAAAAGCGCCAGAGUACGUUUUCCCAAAAAUACUUCAACAUUUGCAAGAAUAUAGUAAUAGAUGAUUAGCAAGGCUUUAAAAUGUGAUAAUGAUUUCAUAGGAUAGUUACCUUCAGUGCCAUAGACUUUAAGGAAAACUGUG